UUGCAGGGUGGUGACACAAGUGCUAUGCAGAUGGCUGGAAUGCAUGGAAUGCCCGGCAUGCCCAUGAUGGGCAUGCCAGGGAUGAGUGGUAUGCCAGGCAUGCAGCUUCCCGGCAUGCAGCAUCCCGGCAUGAUGCAUCCCAACAUGUCCAUGGGCAACAUCGGCAUGCCUGGCGUAGCCAUGCCAACCAUGCCGCCGGGUAUGCCUCCCGCGCCGUUGCCGGGCGCGCCACCGCUGCCCGCCGCGCCGCCGCCAGGCGCGGACUUCAAUGCACCUAUCUACGAUUUGCAGCAGAUGGGCGAUGUCUACACUGGUCCAGGCGCCAAGUGCUCAACACUCCCAGCGGUCCUCGGCGGUUCGCUACCUCGUCUCUCUAGCGAGCAGACGGACGCGGUCGCCCGCGCCAAGAAGUACGCCAUGGAGCAGAGCAUCAAGAUGGUUCUGAUGAAACAGACGCUGGCACAUCAGCAGCAACAGAUGGCUUCGCAGAGGACGCAGGUGCAACGGCAACAGGCGCUGGCCCUCAUGUGCAGAGUAUAUGUUGGCUCCAUCUCGUUCGAGUUGAAAGAAGACACGAUCCGCCAGGCAUUUUUGCCGUUCGGCCCGAUCAAGAGUAUCAACAUGUCGUGGGAUCCCGUUACACAAAAACAUAAGGGCUUCGCAUUCGUCGAAUACGAGAUACCAGAAGCGGCGCAGCUCAGCUUGGAGCAGAUGAACGGCGUGAUGCUGGGCGGGCGGAACAUCAAGGUCGUGGGGCGGCCCAGCAACAUGCCGCAGGCUCAGGCCGUCAUAGACGAGAUACAGGAGGAGGCGAAGCAGUACAACCGUAUCUACGUAGCGUCAGUUCACCCCGAGCUUAGUGAGGACGACAUCAAGAACGUGUUCGAGGCGUUCGGGCCCGUCACGUACUGCAGGCUAGCGCACGGUGCGCAGGCUACGAGGCAUAAGGGCUACGGAUUCCUAGAGUACGCAACAUUAAACGCCGCGCUAGAAGCCAUCGCGUCGAUGAACCUGUUCGACCUGGGCGGGCAGUACCUGCGCGUGGGGCGCGCCAUCACGCCGCCGCACGCGCUGUCCGGCCCGCCGCCGCCGCAGGCCAUGCCCACCGCCGCCGCCGUCGCUGCUGCCGCCGCCACUGCCAAGAUACAGGCGAUGGACGCCGUAGCCAGCAACGCCGUAGCGCUAGGCCUGACGAAGCUGAACGCCCUCGGCGUGUCCCCGGCCGCCGCGCUGCCCACGCUCGCGGCGGCCCUGCCCGGCGCGCUGCCCGCCAGCCUGCCCGUGCCGCUGCCGGCCGCGCUGCCCGUGUCGCUGCCGGCGACGCUGCCCGCCGCGCUGCCCGCCGCCGCGCUGCCGCCGCCCGGCGUCGUCAUCCCGCCGCCGCCCGUGUCCGCGAGACCGCAGCCGCCCCCACAGACGCAACCGCCACCAGUAUCAGCCGCGUCCGCAGCCGCAAUAGGCGAAGCCGGCUUACAAGCAGCCCUACAGAAGAAACUCCUAGACUCUUCCCCCGACACGCUGCAGCAGCAAGAAUCCCUGUCCAUCUCGGGGCAGUCGGCGCGGCACCUCGUCAUGCAGCGGCUCAUGCGGCGCCGCGUGUCGCGCACCGUGCUGCUCGCCAACAUGGUGGCGCCCGAGGAGGUCGACGAGGCGCUGCACCACGAGAUACAGGAGGAAUGCGGCAAAUGGGGCGUGGUCGAAAGGCUCGUAAUCUACAACGAGCGGCAAAGCGAGGACGAUGACCCCGCGCACGCACUAGUCAAAAUUUUCGUGCAGUUCCAAAACCCUGAUGAGGCGACCGCGGCGGCGGCGGCGCUGAACGGGCGCUACUUCGGCGGCCGCACCGUGCGCGCCGCCAUCUACGACCAGGAGCUCUUCGACCACGGCGACCUCUCCGGCUAGUGCUCAGCUGCCCACUGCCCACCCUCACCGCUAGGUGGCACUAUGUAAAUACUCCUUAUAAUCUAGGUUCCAAACAAAAUAACGCUCGAGGCGGAUGCUAGUUACCCGAAAGGCACAAAAUACACCGAGCUAAUUUGCUAUAUGUCGCUGGCGGUGACACCGCUGUACUUCUGUGAAAUAUUAAUGUAAAGUCUUUGCGAAAAGAGAAUAGUCGGGGAAUAUAAGGGAAUCAAUACAUUCUGUGCCUCUUUCCGCACAAACUAUCAAUAUAACAGCCCACUCUGCUGGCGUCAUUUUCAAGUUGAUUCGAUCGACGAUGUUUUUCGUGACUGUAGCAUAAGGUAUAUGUUCCAUUGUCGGAAUAGAAAUGUUCAGAGGAAAUGUGUGUCACAGAACGCGGCCGCAACGAUGACACUAAAAUGUCCUAGUUCCAAAAUAGCGGCACAAACCAUAGACUACGAAUUUAUAAAUAGAAAAUGUACCUAAAGCGGUGGAGUCGGACUAACUAACUCUGCAUGGCAUUAGCGAUGACAAAGUGUGGCAAUGUUAUGAUUAGAGUUGUGGCAUUCUCGAGAACGUUCUCCGUUUCCUAUGGUGGCUAUGGGAAAUAUUCUCGAGCGAGAAAGUUUCCCAUACAAAACUGAGAACGUCCCCGAGAACGGCACAACUCUAGUUAUUAUUAUUGUCAAAUUUAUAUGAAAACAUGUCGUUUAAAAAGACACUACCUCGAAGUGCAAAGUUAGCUUAGCCGAAAUCUAAGCGCCUCCUGUAGUAAGCGACUGGCAGAUUUUAUAGACCUAUUAUUAUGAAAUGUUCUCAUCGACGUUACGUUUCACGUAAUCGAUUGCAAACGGACCAUCGAUAAAAACAUCAUAAAAUAGGCCACUAGUACUGCGACACUGGCUGUAAAACGUAUUCGAAUAGUAAUGUUAUGGAAAGCGCAACACGUUCGUUCGCGCGUUUGUUCCUUUUUCGUAACUAUACUCUAUCAUGAUCAAUAAAGUAUAAAUAAGCAUAGAAAAUUUGCCAGGCAAUAUUCAAACUUGCGCUAUUAUCAAAGACGUAGUUUUUCUAAUAUACAAGGUGUAACAAAAAUAGUGGGGAUCCGUUUAAGGGCAUAUUCGGUAUCGUGUUCUGAUUAGGAAAAAGUUUUGAUGCGAAAAUUUUUUGGCCUUUGUAUGGAGGGUAUGUAUGUAUGUACGUGGACGGCCUGCCCCAUAGAACAAAAAAAAAUCUUUUCGUCUAAAAACUAUCCUUAUCAGAACACGAUACCGAAUAUGGCCAUAAAUGCAUCCCCACUAAUUUUGUUACACCCUGUAGGUAAAUAUAAUUUUAACUAAUUGAAUAUUUUAAUUUUACUUUAUAUAUGUAUAAUUUGUAUUUGAGUUUCGUCAAUUAAAUCUAGCUGUUAAAGGUUACGAAAACGGAACAACGAAAUAAAACUAUGUAAACGGGUAAAAAUUAAUGAAAUUAUCCAUGGAAUAGCGUCAAUACAGUAUGUAUUGGAAGUUGUAUACAAAUUUUUGACUUAAGUUUGAUAAACUGUAAAAAUGUUACUUGGUACUGUCGGAACGAAUUAGUAGCAAAAUGUCUAACAAGAAAAAUAAAUAGAUGGUCUGGAUAUAGGUUUUAUGAGCAUGACAGUAUGAUACAGUGACUCCGUUGGGCCCUUUACCUUUUGAACGCCAAUAACACCUAAAGGCGUCGUUACCAGUCAUGCCCACAGCGCCAAGUACAAGAUGUUAUUUUGGACGCUGUCAAAGUAAUCUUCACACAUUCAAGUAAGGUUUACAUUAGCUCCAUUCCACCCGGGAGCUUGGUGUGUGUGAUUUUUGUUUAUGCUUCGAGCAACACGGAAGGGAGACGUCAUUCAUACUAUUUCCCCUCUCCCAAAGCAUAGGCACAACCGUGUAUAUGGCGGUGCAUGUUGUGACUCGUCCGUACACAAAGAGAUCGAGGUGUCCAAGGUUUGUCGUUGACGUGUGUCAUUUUCUAUGUAUUUGUGUCAUUAGAUUGGAUUUUGUAUGUAGUGAGUGAGACGUGCGCCUGUGUGCACGUUUCCCCCCGCAAAAAACGACAGAAUGAUUUGUACGGUAAGAUAUCGCUUUGGCUCCUCCCUUUCGACGUGUCGGAAGCCGGUGUUGCUCGAAGUGUUUAUGACAUAAAGCGUUCAAAAGGUUAAAUAAAUUGCGGAUUUAUGAAACUUCCGUCCCGGAAAAGUUAAUUUGACUUUUACCAAGCAUUUCGCACAUACCUAAUAAAAUGUAAUUCUCUUGUUAGACGUUUUUAGACUAACGCGUUUUGACAAGCCUGAAGAGUGGUGACGAAAAGAUCUAAGUAUAAUAAAACUAGUUUUACGUAUGAUUAUGAUCAUUGUUGAUAAAUUAAAUUACUUGUAAGAA